AUAUGACACAACUUUGAACAGAUAUGCUUACAACUUUGAACUAAAACUGAGUUUUCAAAUCUUUUCAUUAAUUAAACACAAAGUUUAUACCUUAAUUUUUUAAAUUUUAUUGCUUAUCAUUCAUAUUUUACUUGUAUUUGAGUGCCCUUGUUCUCGUUUUCAUGUCAUUAGAAGCAGUACCGCCGUUACAGCCGGGAAAUUGGGGCACUUGCCCAGGGUCCAGCGCCUAAAGGGCCCCUGAAAGAAGUUUAACUUUUCUUCUUUUUUUUUUGCUUAUGACCUUAUGAAUCAUCGUAUGAAUUUAUAUCUAGCAUUGAAUGAUAAUCGGGAUUUAAAGAUGACGAUUUAUACGAAUAAAUUAAAAUAUUUUAUACCUUUUGCUGCAAUGAUAUAACUAAUGCGCCUCCAUUAUGCGCCAAAUGUUUUAAAUAUCCUGUCUAAACUUCAGAUUCCUUCCCGGAACUAUUGUUUCCCGGAUCAUAGAUAAAUACCGACCCAAGAGAUGGAACUUUGACACGAGUGCUCGUAUACAAUCGAUCUAAAUUAGAAAAUCGGGAAAAGGGGGAAGGAUUGACGGUCAAAAGACAUCGCGCUAGAUCGUUGAAAUUCUAAAACGUCAGAGAAGAGACAAUAAUUGAGUAAAAUACGAGUGCAGGUUUCAUAGUUUCAUCAACAUCUCCCGGUCAGAGUCGAAGGUUGGUGUCAAGUAGUCUUUCCGAAACGGACCUUUCUCGCGACCCGAACCGAUCUCGGUUUUCACCUGGAGACAGAAGAGAGACCAAUCGGAAAGCGAGACUAGGACCAAUCAAAAAGUGAGAUUCGAGGGAGAAAAACUAUAAAAACCUUAAAUUUUAAGGUCGAAAAGCAGUUCUUCGCCAAUCCAAACGCGCGAUAAAUCUGUGUCGCUUUCACCUUGGACUAUCCCGUCGCAUCCCAACUUCGACGUGCACGCAACUCGACCGGCCACUUUACCAUCAUCGUCUCUGCCUCGGGACCAUCAACGAACCCUCAGAGCAAGAACAACCGAUGUAUCGAACUCCUUACGCACGAACUGUGAUGGAUACUCGAAUAACCUCCGGACGACCAACUUCCUGUCACCAUACGUGUACAGUACAUUCUAUUGUUCUCUAUUUCCUUGACCUUGGUAAACAGUCGUAACUAAUUGCAUAUGAAUACUGCUUUUCCAAUAAGCAUUAUUGUAAGCGAUUCCUCACAACGAUAUAAUUAUAUUAAACAUUUAAAAUAUGCGAAGACCCAAUUAUUCCUACAUUUUCCUUCUUCUACUGACAAAGACGGCGAUUGGAGUUAUUGAUGAAAAAAUUGCAGAAGCAAAUGUAUAUAUCGAUCAGUUGCUAGAAAAUUUAAGAAACGAUCCGAUUAUAGCGACGGAAGUUGAACCUAUUCACAUUCCAGACGUCUACGAAACAACAUUCGAAGGAAGAAAUAUUUACGUGAAAGGACUUUCUUACCUUACGAGAUUGGGCGACAGCCGAAUAUCAAUCGAUCAAGAUAAUAUAUAUAUAAGUUGUUUAUUGGGUGUGGACAGAAUAAUAUUUCAAAUGGAUUAUAAAGCUAAAGGUCAGGUACUGGGUUAUCCUGUGUGGGGUGGUGGUACAGCCGAGGGUAAGAUAGAUCAUGUUAUUGUCGAUUGUGUUGUAGUUGUUUCCUCAUUAGAUGUAGACGGAAUUGGGAUUUUAGAAAAAUUCAAAGUAUUAUAUUUUGGUGGAUUUGUAGUUACUAAUGUUAAAGGCACCACAGCUACAUUAAACUGGAUAAUGACAUAUAUAGCAAAUGUUAUGUUUAAUUAUUCUAAGAAAAUGGUGAUAGAGGGCAUUGAAAAUGGAAUCUCUAAAUUACUUCAGAAUAAACUUUCCGAAACCAAGAUAGAGCCCAGAAUAUUGCAUCACUAGUAAAUAUAGUUUUAGAAUUUUAAUUAAUUUGAAUAAAUUCUCAUGUAUUUCGUAAUUAUACAAAUUUCAAUAAUACAUCUAUUUACGUUAUUAAAAAUCAAUAUUAAAUAAAAUCAUAUAUCAAAUACCAUAAUAAAUAAUUCUCUUCUUUAACAUAAAAGCGUAUGCACGGUACAUAAGAAAUAUUAAACAUAUAUUCGACAAGCACUCAUUUAUUACGGUGUUUACAAAUAUUCA